GCCGGUCCCCGCCCGCCGGUCGCCCGCUCGCCCCGCGGGGUUAUGAGGCCGUAGGGCCCGCGGGCCGGAGCAGCCUUCCGCCGCCAGCAUGUUCGGCCGCUCCCGCAGCUGGGUGGGCGGCGGGCACGGGAAGGCCUCCCGCAGCAUCCACUCCUUGGACCACCUCAAGUACAUGUACCAUAUUUUGAGUAAAAACACGAUCGUGACAGAUCACAACCGCAACCUGCUGGUGGAGACCAUUCGUUCCAUAACGGAGAUCCUGAUCUGGGGGGAUCAGAAUGACAGCUCAGUGUUUGACUUUUUCUUGGAGAAGAAUAUGUUUGAGUUCUUCCUGAACAUCCUGCGUCAGAAGUCAGGUCGUUAUGUGUGUGUGCAGCUGCUGCAGACUCUGAACAUCCUUUUUGAGAACAUCAGCCAUGAAACAUCGCUGUACUACCUGCUCUCUAAUAACCAUGUGAAUUCUAUUAUUGUCCACAAAUUUGAUUUUUCUGAUGAAGAGAUCAUGGCAUAUUACAUAUCAUUUUUGAAAACUCUUUCCCUGAAACUCAAUAAUCAUACUGUACAUUUCUUUUAUAAUGAGCACACUAAUGACUUUGCUUUGUACACCGAAGCUAUUAAAUUUUUUAACCACCCCGAAAGCAUGGUCAGGAUUGCUGUUAGGACUAUAACCUUAAAUGUCUAUAAAGUGGACAACCAGCCUAUGCUGCAUUACAUUCGAGAUAAAACUGCAGUUCCUUAUUUCUCCAACCUCGUCUGGUUUAUUGGCAGCCACGUGAUAGAGCUGGAUAACUGUGUGCAGACUGAUGAAGAGCACAGAAAUAGGGGCAAACUGAGUGACCUGGUAGCAGAACAUCUUGAUCAUUUGCAUUACCUUAAUGAUAUCCUUAUCAUUAACUGUGAAUUUUUAAAUGAUGUGCUGACAGACCACCUACUUAAUAGGCUCUUUCUUCCCCUCUACGUGUAUUCCUUAGUAAAUCAAGACAAGGGUGGAGAGCGUCCAAAAAUAAGUCUCCAGGUUUCUCUCUAUCUUCUUUCUCAAGUUUUUCUAAUUAUACAUUAUGCUCCUUUGGUGAACUCCUUGGCUGAGGUUAUACUCAAUGGGGACCUCUCAGUGUUUUCUUCUAAGGUUGAGCAAGAUAUACAGAAAAACUCAGCAAAGUCAAGUAUCAGAUGUUUCAUAAAACCCACAGAAACACUUGAGAGGUCCCUUGAAAUUAACAAACAGAAAGGGAAGAAGAGGAUGCAGAAAAGACCCAACUAUAAAAAUGUUGGUGAAGAAGAUGAAGAGGAGAGAGGAUCUGAAGAUAACCAAGAUGACCUUGAUAAAAGUAGAGGUACAGAAGCAAGUUCAAAGGGUGUAAGGACAAGCACUGAAAAUGAAGAAAUAGAGAUGGUAAUCAUGGAGAGGUGUAAGCUGUCAGAGCUGUCCAUCUCUGCUGUGACAGAACAGAAUACAACAGAUGAAGAAAAGAGUGCAGCUGCUUCUGGGAGUGACAUGACAAACUGGAACAGGCCUUUCCUUGAUAUGGUCUACAAUGCCCUGGACUGUCCUGAAGAUGAUUACUACGCCCUCUUUGUUCUCUGUCUUUUGUAUGCAAUGUCACACAACAAAGGACUUGACUCAGUCAAGUUGGAGAGAAUUCAACUUCCAGCUCAAAAUGCUGAAGAGAGAAAUUCCUAUAAUCAUGUCCUUGCAGAAGGGCUCAUCAGGAUAAUGAAUUAUGCUGCACAACCAGAUGGAAAAAUUCGUUUGGCAACUUUAGAACUUGGCUGCCUAUUGCUGAAGCAGCUUGUGUUUUCCAAAAAUGGCAGGAUCAUAAAAAAUGUACACCUUGAUUGUCUGGAGGGUGCAAGGGAGGAAAGUGUUCAUCUCCUUCGCCGUUUCUAUAAGGGAGAAGAAAUCUUUCUGGAUAUGUUUGAAGAUGAAUACAGGACUAUGACAAUGAAACCUAUGAAUGUAGAAUACUUGAUGAUGGAUGCCUCCAUCUUGCUGCCCCCAACGGGGACUCCUCUGACCGGGAUUGACUUUGUGAAGAGGUUGCCUUGUGGAGAUGUAGAAAGAACACGAAGAGCAAUCAGAGUUUUCUUUAUGCUCCGUUCACUGUCCCUGCACUUGCAAGGUGAGCUGGAAACUCAGUUACCACUCACGAGGGAGGGAGAUCUGAUAAAGGCAGAUGAUGUUCUGGAUUUGAAUAACAGUGAUCUGAUUGCUUGUACAGUCGUAACAAAGGAUGGGGGCCAAGUUCAAAGAUUCCUGGCUGUGGAUAUUUACCAGAUGAGUUUGGUUGAACCAGAUGUUGCCAGACUUGGAUGGGGAGUAGUUAAGUUUGCAGGCCUUCUGCAGGAUAUGCAGGUGACCGGAGUAGAGGAUGACAGCAGAGCCCUGAACAUCACCAUCCACAAGCCUGCCUCCAGCCCUCACUCGAAGCCCUUCCCCAUCCUGCAGGCCACGUUCAUCUUUGCCGAUCACAUUCGCUGCAUCAUCGCCAAGCAGCGCCUGGCCAAGGGCCGCAUCCAGGCCCGGCGCACCAAAAUGCAGAGGAUAGCAGCUCUCCUGGAUCUUCCUGUUCAGCCUUCAACUGAAGUUAUGGGUUUUGGACACAGCUCUGGAGCUGCAGCCCAGCACCUCCCAUUUAGAUUCUAUGACCAGUCCCGGCGUGGGAGCAGUGACCCCACAGUGCAGCGCUCUGUCUUUGCAUCUGUUGACAAAGUCCCAGGCUUUGCUGUAGCCCAGUGCAUAAAUCAGCACCAUCCAUCCCCGCUCUCGUCACCGUCCCCUUCCAGUGGCAGUGGCAGUACAGGGCGCUGUGACUCAGUGACCGCAAGCUCGACAUCCACUCCUUCUGCUGCUCAGAGCCCAGCAGGUCUGGCAGGAAAGGACGCCGGCGGGUGUUUAGUCUGUCGGAGGCUGACAGUCACGGUGGACACUGGGUUUAGGCCUUCCAGCAGCAGCUGCAGCAGAAACUCCCGCAAUACCCACUCAGAUGAUGCUUCAGCUCCAGAGCAGCCUCUGAUGGCCAGUUCCGGUCAGACGAUGUUGACUGAUGAAACCCUUGCAGCUGUUUCCAAGUCCAGCAGAAAUGCUGUAAAACCCAGUGACACAGAAACAGCCAACCUGUCUCCCAGCCUGAUUCCUGCCCAGCAGCCCACCAUAUCCUUACUCACAGAUGACAGCACGGACACGCUGAGCGUGGAGUCGCUCACACUGGUGCCACCAGUGGAUCCGCACAGCAUCCGAACAUUCAGCUGCAUCCCUCAGGCCUCUUUGCAGCCUGAAGAUGAGGUUGACAAGGUGAAAGAGGUAGAGGAGGAAAGUUCUGACUAAAGCCACCAUGCAGACUGUAAUAAACAGUGAAGGAAGUGCAACCAAAUUGUGAUUAUUUUUUUUUCCCUCUGGGAGUGCAGAUACUUCUGGAGGCCUGAGAGGCCUCAGGCCCACAUGAAGGGACCAAGUGGUGACAGAGAAUGUCAGCAGUUUUUAGAGCCAACAUCGCAUACUCAGCAUAUCUGAACUGGGGAAGAGAGAAAAACCCAGACUUGUGAAUCUGGAUUGGUUCUUUCCUACCAGUUUAUGUUAUACAAGAACAUGAACAUGUUUCAGAGAACCUACUGUCUUUGUAAUAGGAACUAAUUUAUUGUAAAAGGUCUACAGUAUUACGGCAAAGUGAAGAGACUUUUGGAUACCCAGCUUCAUGGUACUGCAUUGUUACGUCUCUAAAAUGGGAGACGUGCCAUUGACCAGAAAAAAAUUAUAUAUUAUAGGACAGAGGUAAAAUUCCCAUUUGAGUCAGGGUGUGUUUUUUCAGUUUGGUGUUUGGUUCGGGGUUUUAUUUGUGGAGGAGGGGUUUUGGGGUUUUAUUUGGGUUUUUUUUGGUUGGUUGGUUGUUUUGUUUUUUUUAAUCCUAACCUUGUUAAUCUUUUGGAGGUCUGCACAAUACCAGCAGGCUUGGCCACAUUCAGUAUUGUCUUUGUAGGACUCCAGACUUAAAUACUAUGCUUUCCAUAUUUAUUUAUUUCAAGGUUUGAUUCAAAGUUGAAACAGAAUGCUUGUUCAAAUUAACAUAAGGGAUUUUUGAGACUACUUUAGUCUUUGCUUAGACACCUAGAGAGGAAUGUAAAAUAUUUUACAAGAUUGCUAUAGCUUGUUUGUUCACUUCUGACAGUCAAAUUGCUACACAUCUGAGGAAUGGUGAUAUCCCUGCAACUGAAAGGCAACUUCAAGAAGCAGACAGAAGCAGUUUUACUCUAAAGAGGUUUUUCAGAUUUUUCAUAGUCAUGUAGGAAGAAGGUCACCAUAUCUAACUGAUAAUUCCUUUGCAAGUCUGAUCUUAAAAGGUAUUGUUUAAUUUUUUUUCCUGUCUGGGAUGGUAUCUCAGUUAAACAACAUUAAACAUACAUAAAAGUGACUCUGAGUUAACAUUACUUCCUAGAUCCUGACACCAAGCUGACAGAAAAGGGAAAGAUGUUUCUUAAAGCUUGGAAUGUUCUUUGCUGAUUUGAUACAAAAUUUAACAUGAAAGGAAUUUCAGAUUUUUCAUCAGUUUCCAAGUAAGUUAAUUUAAGUUAAUAGUAAAUUGAGUAGCUUGCCAUUGCUGGUCUGUUCUCAACCCUGAGUUGGCAGUUCCUCAGAGGAGGGCUGCUGUUUACUUGGCAUUGAUUUCAGUCACCACUGCACUCUACUGGCAUUGAGUUCUUACCAAAUGGGUGAAUCUGCAACGUUUUUACCCCUUCCCAGUUGCUUAUUGUACCUCUUCCUGGCUGUCAUAUAUAUGUGUGUGUAUAUACAUAUAGGUGUAUAUAUAGGUAUAUAUUCAUAUAUAUAUACACAUAUAUGAGAUUGACUAAUUCACAGGUACCACUUUUCUCACUUUUUCUGUCUUCUCCUUCACAUAAUAAUUGAAUCUUUGCCAACUGGGUAUAUGAGGUAUCUGCUACUGAAUGCCAGUAAUUUUUUCCCUGUUUACUUUUUCAUGCAGUUUUGAUUUCUAAUUUUCUGUGACUUCUGCUUUGUCUCAAAUUGAAUUAACUGUGAUACUCUGAUCAUUCCAGAGUGGCCCAAACUCUAAAUGAAUUCAGAGUUAGGUGUCCUCAGCACUGCAGUGGAUUUUGUGUGAAAAUCUGGCGUUACUAGAAUAAGAGCCUGCCUUUUUGGGUUUUUUGUCUCAUGCUGAAGAUGAAUUUGCACUCAUGCAGUCACUCUUGCAGCUAAUGUGCAUGUACCUGAACAGGCCUAGACACAUCAGUAGCAAUCUGGGUGCAAGAACCACAUGAAUUUUUAUUAGCUGAACUGAUUGAAGUCUAGACUCUCUCUAAAAUGGUGCAGCAUUACACUGUAGUCUUAGUAAUAUUCUGGAGACCAUUAUAAAAAAUGCCUCACUUAAUUAGAAAGCAUUUUAUGUUAGUUAUUAACCUUAGAUUCUUGACCUAGAUUACAGAAAAUAUCACUGUGCAGGCUGAGUUCCCUUAAACAGAAGUAAUUUUAGACUGGAAAACCUUGAUCUUAAUUUAUUUCAUUUCAAAUUCAGUUCUAGCAAGAUUAGACCCAUGCACAAGGAGUCUCUUCAAUGCAUAUGAAUAAUCUCACCCCUGAGCUGUACUGCACAAGAAAUGGGGCAAAGGGAAAGAAAGGUGACUUUGUACUUUUUAUUACCUUUGAGUGGCUUUUCAGUCUCAUGAUCACUUGUCUAGUGAGAGCUUCACAGGAAAUGACCUAAAUACUGUUAUUAGGAAAAUAGAAGAAUAGGUGUGCUGUUAAUUUGUGAUUACUUCAAGCAAUCCAGGAAUUCAGUAAUUGCCCUGGAAUUGUGUCAUUUCACUAGCAGUAAAAUAAACUUUAUGCUUGAAGAUGUAGGUAAGCUAUCAGACAAGCAGGUGGAACUGAGUGUGUAAGGAUGAAGCCACUUCCUAAGAGUAAACAUUUCCCUGCUGUGCUGCUGUCACUCUUGGGGUGCUGCUGUCAGUCACUCUGGGGUGCUGCUGUAAGUCACUCUUGGGGUGCUGUCAGUCACUCUGGGGUGCUGCUGUCACUCCUGCAGGAGACAGGGAGCUCCAGAACAGCCUUAGGAGCAGGGGCACUGACCACCAGGGAGUAGUGGUCAGAAAACCCCCACCAAAGUAAACAUUCUGCCCUUGUCUCCACUAACCAGUUGAAGUGAAACUUGCUUUUAAAAGAGCAUUGCCCAGGCAGGCAGCUGCUGCCUGGGAAAAGAAAUGGUUUAGUCCUGUAGUUGGAUCAGAUCUGCAGAGACAUCAGCUGGGGGCAGGAGAUCAAGGCCUUUUGCCUCCAAGGUAAUUGAUCUUCUUUCAGACAGCCUAAUGUAGCCAUCUAAAUAUAUGUUGAAAAGUCUCUUCUUAACUGCUGCUGUCCUUCUUGAAAGAGUUUUUUGGUGUGUCCCUGGUUCACCACACUGACCUACCUUAAGAUAUCACUCACCUGGGCACUGCUCUUCUAUUAUCUAGCAAUCUUUGGAGAAGUUCUCCUGUGCUUGCCUGCUGUGUUUCUCUUGACCUUCCCCAGCAUUUGCAGCAUGAAUUAGAAACAAAUAGAAUAACUCUUGCCAUCUCCUAUUGAAUUCUGAAAAGCAGAGGGUGAUCCAAGCAGGGCUUGCUAGGGUGGGAUGUUUUUAGGGGUUGGGAGGGGAGUAGUUCUUUGGGGUUUUUCUGCUGCUCAAUACUUGAGCAGCAACAAAGACAUAGGAGAUGCAGUUCUUGACUGAGUCUCAAACAGAGGGUUCUUUCAUAUGGAAACAUAUUUUUAUAUUACAUUUGUACAGAAUUUUCCCUAUUUUGAUCUCCCCGCAUUUUUAGAUUUGCACGUUGCUCAGUUUUGAUUUCUUUUGCAAGGUGUUAUAAAAUAUAUAUUUUGUGUUUGUUAAUGUAUUAUAAAUGUAAAGCUAAAUUUUGGUUGUCUAAUAAAUGUGCACUGUGGUGGUA